GUUGCCUCGGGCAGCAGCAGCGGCUUGAAUCAUUGCUGCUGAUCCAAAAGGCACUAUGACGAACAUGGCAUUCAUAGCAGCCCAAUAUUCGCUUCUGCAGGCUCCGCAGAAACUCUAUUCAGCGCGCCAACCCACGCGACAGAGCGAUGGCUUGCGUGGUUUUUCUGGUGCAAGACCCACACACACUACACUACGUUCAGUCCGCUCGCCCCGCCAGCGGGCCGUGCAGCGUGCGGGCGCUGCGCUCACCAAGCUAAAAUUUUGGCUUCGGCGAGCUGGCGAGCUGUGCCGAACCACCGCCGACCGGCCUUUCGGGCGCGUCGAAGGCCGAUAUAGUUCUGUAUUAAAGUGCUACUGGGCCGUCUACCCGCGGCGGGGGCCGAGGAGCGCGAGGGCGGCGGAUUCUGUUACAGUACGGCCGAGGGGGGUUCUAGGCAUGGUAAUAUGGAGGUCGAUCUCCUCCUUGACGGGGGUGGAAAGCACGCGGGGAUCCGACAGAACAGCGAGCGAGCGGGAGAUGGGCGAGCGAGCAGAUUUGAGGGCAGAUCUGGGACGAUGGACACGUGGAGGAACAAGGGGUAUUUUCUGUUCAGAAAGCGGUGGGUGCACUUGAGUCGAGAAGAGGAUAGGAUCGGCGUGAUGCGAUCCAAGGAUGGCGAGCUUGUUGAGACAUGCGAAGUCUUGGGGUUUGCUUGUGCGAGUUUUUGAUGGAGGAUUCGAGAUGGGAGGUUGGGGAUUGAAAGAAAAGAGUGCGCGGGUUAGGUUCCAUGCACGACUCACGAAGCUUGAGAGGAUAUCUGUAUACCAUAGUCGUACGCUGAA